AUGGAUUCUAACGAAAGAGUGUCAUCAUCGAUCAAUGGAAAUAAACAUGCUGGGAUAUCGGACGAUUCCGAAUUUAUUGAUCAGUCCCAACCAUUUCCGUUAGCUAUUCUAAUGACAUUUCUUGUUGUAUUUGGAACAUUAGUUAUAUUAUGGUGGGCCAAAUUACGUUUACACACAAAACGUGGUGAUUCAUUAUUAUUAUGUGGCAUAACAAAUUCGGGUAAAACUGUCUUGUUCAGUCGUCUUACUACGAAUAGGGCCAGACGUACCGUUACUUCAAUGAGUACGAAUAGAGGUAUAGCAAACAUAGCUAUAUCAACGAAUAGACAACUGAAAAGAACUGUAGUAAUUCCAGUCAUUGAUAUACCCGGUAAUUAUCGUAUUCGACAACGUGAACUUGAUAGUAAUAAAUCAUCAGCUAAAGCAAUCAUUUUCGUUGUUGAUAACACAAACGUAGUACAUGAAUGUAAAGAUGUUGCCGAUUACUUAUAUGAUAUAUUAAUCGACAAACAUUUUCGUCAACAACGUAUACCAUUAUUAAUAUUUUUUAAUAAACAAGAUCAAUUAUCAGACAAUAGUAUUCGCUUAGUAAAAACGUUAUUAGAAGAUGAAAUAGCCGUGAAACGUAGAACGCGUGCAUCAUCCGUUAGUGUACAUCAAGAUAAAUCAAAUCAAAACAUUAAUGAUGAUAUUGGACGUGUCGGAAAAGAUGAUUUUGAAUUCUUUGAUAUUAAAGAUCUAAAAGUUGCAUUUAUGACUGGUUCAGCAUUAGGUGUAGAAAAGAAGAAGAUUAAUCGUUCAAAUCAUGCGAGUGAUAAUGACAGAACGGAUGAAGAGAGUGAAACAGAUGAAGAAGAUACAACAUUUACAAGCGGAGAUGAAGAAGAUUCAAAUUUAAGCGGCGUAAAGGAUUGGCUAAGGGAAACUUGGAGGGAUGGCGGGGGGUUGUAUGAUUAG